AUGAAUGCAAAUAACAAAAUCGCGAAUAUCGACGGCGAUUUCAGGUUCAUUAGUAAGACCCUUCUCGAUGAAUUUAGGGUUUGGGCUAAUUGGUACUGUGUUGGUAACUCAAUGAAGAGUCUUUGUGAUGGGUUGGGAAAACCCAAGGAUUUGUAUCGUGGGCUGCCUUUGGCUGUCCCUAAUUUGAAACAAGAUAUUAGUGAUAGAGUUAGGGCUAGGGUUGCUGCGUUGAGACCUGAAGGUCCGAUUUCAAGUCGAUUUCUAGCAAAUAAUUUGACUAUUGUUGCUGGUGAAUCUGUGUUUGUUCAUGGAUGGCUUUUACCAAACCAUGUUGAUUACGGGUUGGAUCCAAUUAACGAAGAGGUUAUGGAUUGGAUUAUUAGUGGCUUGAAACAGAGUAUUUCAAGGAAUUUGAUUACGGGGACGAACUCGGUUGUUUGGUUGAGGAAAUUAUCUCAUGAAUUGGCUCAUCACUGCAAUUGUUCGACUCUUGAACAUGUUCGUGCCACCAUUCCUGGUGCAAAGAGGAUUGAUUGUAGUAGUAAUUUUUGUUGUUAA